AUGUAUAAGUUGUCAUUAUUAUUAAUCAUUGUUGGGGGACUUAUUUUCGAAACAGAAGGUUUUCUUGGUGGAUUAAGACGCACAUGUAAUUGUAAAGCUGUUUCUGAUACAGUUCAUUUUCCAUUUCAUACAUGGAGAAUUUCAAGUUGUACUUUUUGUUCAUGUAAUCAUGCAGCAAUGGCUAAUUGUGAACAAGCUUGUCAAGAUAUGGUUAGAAAUUAUGCUAAAACAGGUUGUGGUAAAACGAUAUCAGGUUCAAAAACUGUUUAUAAAUCUGACGCAAGUGGUUGUAGAGAAUCUGUUGGAAAAGAAGUUUAUACUUGUGCUUAG